CGAGCGAAGGGAGUAUAUUUGAAGUCUGCAAAACCAUUUAUAACUACUCAUUCGACAUUUUUGCGUAUCGCGUUAACAAGCACAAGCACAAGCUUUCCGACAUUCAGAGGUACAUUAUUGAGCAGGAUGGGCAUCACUUCAAUUCGCGCCAGCGUUUCAAGUUGUUGGAGUUCCCGGCUUCGGCGUUGGGCGGCGAAGAUCAUGUCAUUUGUCAUCUCGGUCAACAGGCCCUUUACCUUCACCCAGUCGCCCCGCCUCCGCAAAUUUAUAGAUGGGACCUUCUCAAUUAAACCCCUCUCAUGUCCAACCACGACUCCAUAUCGUUGCAAUCUUUCCCAGGGAACAUACGAGUGGCUCUGGACGCGGCGCCACACCAAACCAAAUACUCUACUGUGGAGUGGCGUGAGGAGCGCGAAUCGUUCAUUGUGUGGCUUCGGGAUAAACUGGAGGAUUCUGAGGCGUGCCGGAAACCCACGGUCCACGCUGAACUAGCCAUGAUUACAGCAAUGUUCAAGGGCGAACUCCCGGAAGUUUUACCCUACAUCGGGGUCUCUAAACUUUCCUGCAUCAUGUGCAUCCACUAUAUCCAGGCCAUCAAUGAGAUCGCUGUCAAAGGUUCUCAUGGAAAGGCCUACCCUGGGUGGUCCUGGCCCAGUCUUCCUUCCCACGACAGAGAAAAUCCCGUAGAGGGUGACUCGGUUCCGAGGAAUAAGCCUGGGGGUAUGAAACAUCAGAAAACGUAG